AUGGAGCGUACUCGCAGUGCCCACGACGAGGAGCUCUUCCUCAGCAAGCCCGCCGACUCGGACAACUGCGACAGCCCUACCGUAGAACCUCUGCGCAUUUUCAAACCUCAAAGCCCUCCUGCUGAAAAGCAAUCAUCAGAGCGUUUCAGAUACCCGCCGCCGCCAUCGUCCUCGUCUUUGACCCCAGCAUCCAAGCACUCUUUCCCGUUGCCCCCCGGUGCCUCAAGCUCUGCUGCGCCGCUGCCGUACCCAGAGGACGACGAUCUGAAGCCCAGCACGCCGCCCGUCAGACCUACCGUUGCUGCCCCCAAACGCUAUGGCUCCGACUACAACGACACGAGCCCUCGUCUGACCAGCCCCGUCGAGACCAAGAGCCCUACCUUGGCUGAGAGGCGUGGCACAGCGCCCCGCCCUUUGACAGAUCCCGCCAGUCCUGACGGUGACGAGGGCGGCUUGUUUGCGAAGCCUUUGAAGCCGUCUGCACAGCACGCGCCGGUCGCUGCUACGACGAAUUAUCCGAGCUACACAAAGAAGCCAUACUACCCCGCCCCUGGCUCUACCACCAGCUCCUCCGGCUCCUCCUCCAACCUGUCUCACGGGCGCCCUGCGCAAGACCCCGAGAGACUGAGGAUGCCUAGCAGCGAGAACAGCGUCAACCGCUUUGCCUCGACCGCCUCAACGUCGACAACCCGCGCGAGCCGGGGCUCGCCUCCCCCGCCCGAAACCCCGAUUGUCGAACCUGGCGUCAUACCCGGCGGAGGCAUCGAGGCCCGUUACGCCGCCUCGGGCAUCUCGGGCACCGCCACCUUGACCAGCCUGCAAGCUCAGCAUGCUCAGAGUGCUGCCGCUUCCCAGAGACUCGCGCAAUACGGCGGUGCUCCCCGCGGCCCAGCGCGACCUUGGACGCCGACCGAGUCGCCCGACAACCAGCCCCAUGGCCCUCCUACCGUGUACCAAGGCUCCAACCCUGUCGCGAGUCCGACCCAGCCCACCUUCAGCCCGCCACCCCAGCAAGCGGCGCAGUCUGACCAGCCGGCUCUGCAAGUCAGCGUCCUCGAGCAAGACUUCCAGCGGCUUGGGCAUAAUGACCCGCCGCCCGCAUACUCCAGUGUCAACCCGGGCCGCAAUAACGCGUACCCUGCCGAGAAGCAGCGUCCUCAACCGACAAGUACAAACUCGACGCCAGCUCCCUCAUCCAGUGCGGCGCAAUCUCCUCCCAAGAAGCCCGCGAGCGUCGGGCCUCAAGCGGCCGGGCUAGCCUCGCCCGCAUUGCAACACCCCGGGCAUCCUGCUUUCGCCAACGAUCCUAGACCUCUCGAGCAGCAACCUCAACAACUUCAGCAGCAGCCGCAGCAGGCACAGCAGCAGCAGCCGCACCAACAAGCGCAGAUUCAACAGCUGCAAAACGGCCAGCCCGUGCAAGCUCAAACGCCAGUGACUCCUGGCUUCCAGGGAGGAGCCGGCCCGAGCUCGCCGCCUCCCCUUCCCGAGGGCUGGAUCGCUCAUCUCGAUCAGAACUCGGGUCAGUACUACUACAUCCACCUAGCGAGCCAGGCUACGCAAUGGGAGUUUCCCAAGGGUCCCAACCCGAUCCACCAUGAGUCGGCCCCGCUGUCGCCGACAGCUUCCACCUAUGGCAAUCCUCUCGCUUCCCCAAUGUUUGGCAAGCAGCCCAUGGCGUCGCCCAUGUUCUCACCGCAGACGCCGGGAUAUGCUGAGAGCAUCAUGAGCGUUGCCGCUUCUCAGACGCCAUCUGCUGCCGGCUUUUCUGGACCGCCUCCGAGCGCCGGAGUGGACAUGUUCAAGAUUCAGCCGACGAACGGGGUGUAUUUUGGGCCAUAUCUGCGUUACUGCAACAUGGAUAUCGAGCGUGGGUUGUGGCUCGGAAGCAUUCUCAUUGUGACGGAUGCGCCUCAACCGCCCACGAUCCACCUGCAUUUGAGCGCGGACCUUUCGCCGAACCCGCACCAACUGCAGCCGCACAACAUCUUCACCCACCAGCGAUGGUCCUUCUACAAGUACAGUAUUGAGCUGCCAAUGGGAGAAGGAGGCACCCAGAGAUGGACGUAUGCCGUCACGUCUCACCUGGGCUGCACGCGGUACGAAUUCGUCAUUGCAGGCCGUUACGAGACGGGCUGGAGGUUCAUUGCGCAUUCCAACAAUGACUUUGCUGCAACAACCAACCAAGCCGAGAGGGCGAAGCUCGGUGGCGUCGGUUUCAUGUGGAAGGAUGUCCUCCAGAAGAACAUUGACUGCGGAGGCUUCCAUGUCCAGCUUGGCCUGGGUGAUCAGAUCUACGGUGACAGGUUAUGGAAAGAGGUGCCGUUGCUGAAGCAGUGGCUCGCCAUGAGCGGCAAGGAAAACCGAAAGAAGGCACCCUGGACCGCACGACAUGAGGAAGAUGUCUCCCAUGCAUACUUUCACUACUACACAAGCCACUUUGACCAGCCGUAUCUGCGAGAGGCGUUCGCCCAAAUCCCUCACGUUCUGCAGGUGGACGACCACGAUAUCUUUGACGGCUACGGGUCGUAUCCCGCGUAUAUGCAAGACUCGCAAAUGUUCAAGAAUGUUGGCCGCAUUGCCGUUGAGAUGUAUCUUCUCUUCCAGCACCACACGACUGUUGAAAUCCUCCGCAACGUCAGCAACGAUCUCGACCUGUUUACUAUCACUGGUCAAGGCUGGCACUUUGUCAAGUACCUUGGGCCGGCCGUGGUCGUUGUUGGACCUGAUUGUCGGUCGGAAAGAAACCAGAGCCGCGUUAUGGCCGGCCCGACAUACCAGGGCAUCUUUCCCAAGGUCGCCACAUUACCUCCUAGCGUACAGCACUGUAUAUGGCUGGUAUCUGUACCUCUUGUUUAUCCGCGCUUGGAAGCCGUGGAGAGUUUGGCUACAGCUGUCACAACCGGCAAAAAGGUGGUCAACUCUGGUUACAAUGUGCUCGGCAAGGUGACGAGCUCUGUAGCUGGUAUAGUCGGCGGCAAGGAAGUCGUCGCAUCCGGUUUCUCGCAGGUGAAGAAGGCUGUCGGAAAGGGUGGUCUCAUGGGCAGUGUACUGAACCAGUUCGGCGAGAUCGACCUCGCUGAGGUGCUCAAGGACAUGUGGACGCAUGAGACCAAGGACCUCGAGAGGACCUAUUUCAUCCGAACUUUGCAAGGCAUUGCCCAGCAAAAGGGCGUGCGCAUGACAUUCUUGUCUGGAGAUGUCAGCUGCGCUGGUGCCGGCCUCGUUCACGACCCGUCACACCCCAGCGACCACAAGACGAUGUACCAGAUCAUCACCUCUCCUAUCGUCGCCCAACCGGCUCAGAACUACAUCCUCAAGCUGCUCCAUAACCAAAAGUCUCUCUACGUGCCCCAAAACGGCCACAAGUCCAACCAUGAGGUGACUGACACCAAGGAGGACAUGAUGGAGAUCUUUCACACCGAUGCGUCGGGUUCCCCCCGCGAGCUGAAGAAACUCAUGGGCCGUCGCAACUAUAUUGCCUGCGUAGCCUACGAUCCCGAGGCUGUAGCCUCGUCGAACUUCUCCUCAGCUGGGUCCGUCAUCAACGGAGGGCAGCAGGGGCUCAACAAGUUGAGUCUGGCAAUUGACUUUGUCGUGCAAGGCGACGGAGCCUUCACGGCACCGACAAAGUACGGGCCAGUGAUUGUGCCGCACCUGGAAUUCGGGCGGUAA